GAAGAAGAAGGCUUGUCAACCUUCAAGAUGGCUGCGUGUAUGUCAGCGAACCGGUCCGAAAAUGCUUUUAGUGCAAAUGAUUUGGUACCAGAAUGGGCGCAAGAAGAAGUUAGCACUGGGACAACCAUUAUGGCGGUGGAGUUUGAUGGAGGGGUCGUGAUUGGCGCUGACUCCCGUACAACAACAGGUGCUUACAUUGCCAAUCGAGUUACAGACAAGUUGACCCCCAUACAUGACCACAUUUUCUGCUGCCGAUCUGGUUCUGCAGCUGACACACAAGCUGUUGCUGAUGCGGUGACAUAUCAGCUGGGCUUUCACAGUAUUGAGCUGGAUGAGCCGCCACUUGUGCAAACGGCAGCCAACCUCUUCAAGCAGAUGUGCUAUAGAUAUAGGGAGGAGCUGAUGGCUGGCAUCAUCGUAGCUGGCUGGGAUAAAAGAAAGGGUGGGCAGGUGUACACCGUCCCCAUGGGAGGGAUGAUCGUGAGGCAACCAGUGUCAGUGGGUGGGUCUGGUAGCUCAUACAUCUAUGGUUUCAUGGAUUCUAACUACAAGCCUGGGAUGACCAAGGAAGAAUGCCUUCACUUCUGUACCCAGGCCUUGACGCUGGCCAUGGAGAGAGACGGUUCUAGUGGGGGAGUGGCCCGUCUGGCAGCCAUCACAGAGGACGGCGUGGAGAGACGGGUUGUUCUGGGAAACCAGCUGCCUAAGUUCUCCAAUGUGUAGGCAGAGACCAGUGGGGAGCUAAUGUGCAGACAACGCACUCCUUUCAAGCCCAUCAAAAUAAGCCGUAUACCCAGUACUCUGUAAAGGCUGUGUGAUUGUCUAACAUGUUUUUGUAAAGUAAAAAUUGUCAUAAUAAAGAAAAAACUACAACAG